AAAGACUUUUCAUAAUAAGCAACUCUUCUCUCAUUUGAAGAUUGGAAUCUUUUCUGAAAGAGUUUGUUAAGUCCAGGCAUUUGAACACUCAGUCUCAUUCACAUGCGGCAGAACCAGGCACAUGGAGGACAGCUGACUCCACAGAACCAGGGACUUGGGUUUUGCAAUGGAACGAAUAUGGUUACUGCUGCUUCUAACAAUUAGAGUGCUUCCGGGGUCUGCUCAGUUCAAUAGCUACAACUGUGAUGCCAACCUUCACAGUAGAUUUCCUGCUGAAAGAGACAUCAGUGUGUACUGUGGGGUGCAGGCCAUUACAAUGAAGAUUAACUUUUGCACAGUACUUUUCUCCGGUUAUUCUGAAACAGAUCUGGCACUGAAUGGAAGGCAUGGGGAUUCCCACUGCAGGGGGUUCAUCAAUAACAACACCUUUCCAGCAGUGGUCAUUUUCAUCAUCAAUCUCAGCACCUUGGAGGGCUGUGGAAACAACUUAGUGGUAUCCACAGUUCCUGGAGUCAGUGCUUAUGGAAAUGCAACUUCAGUACAAAUAGGAAAUAUUUCAGGAUAUAUUGAUACUCCAGACCCACCAACAAUCAUCAGCUAUCUACCUGGGCUUCUUUAUAAAUUUAGUUGUAGUUAUCCAUUGGAAUACUUGGUUAAUAAUACCCAGCUUGCUUCGUCCUCAGCUGCUAUUUCUGUGAGAGAGAACAAUGGCACAUUUGUCAGCACUUUGAACUUGCUACUUUAUAACGAUUCAACCUACAGUCAGCAGUUAAUUAUCCCAAGUAUAGGAUUACCUUUGAAAACCAAAGUAUUUGCAGCUGUACAAGCCACUAAUCUGGAUGGCAGAUGGAAUGUCUUAAUGGAUUAUUGUUACACAACCCCAUCUGGGAACCCAAAUGAUGAUAUUCGAUAUGAUCUCUUCCUUAGCUGUGACAAAGAUCCUCAGACCACCGUCAUUGAAAAUGGCAGAAGCCAGCAGGGCCGGUUUUCAUUUGAAGUGUUCAGAUUUGUGAAACACAAGAAUCAGAAAAUGUCCACUGUCUUCCUGCACUGUGUUACCAAGCUCUGCAGAGCGGAUGACUGCCCCUUCCUUAUGCCGAUUUGCAGCCACAGAGAAAGGAGAGAUGCAGGGAGGAGGACAACUUGGAGCCCCCAGAGCACUUCUGGAAACGCCAUCCUCUCUGCUGGUCCCAUCAUCACUCGGAGUGAUGAGACUCCAACCAACAAUUCACAGCUUGGUUCUCCAAGUGUGCCUCCUUUCCAGCUGAACACCAUCACUAGUGCACUGAUAUCUGGAAUGGUCAUUCUGGGAGUCAUGAGCUUUUCCCUUCUCCUGUGCUCACUGGCCCUUCUACACAGGAAGGGACCCACCAGUUUGGUGUUGAAUGGCAUAAGAAACCCAGUCUUUGACUAACAGGCCCCUGUUGUCGGGAGAAGGCUUCACUGACUAUACUAUGUGUUAC